ACAUAAGCAGUUAGCGGUGUAAACAUUAGCUAACAGAUAGCUAAACCGCCGUAGAGAAGACGUUUCCUGUAAAAUAAUAUUAUUUUGUUUUGAUUAUCAUGGCUCUACGGGCGAAGGAAAGACUAAAAGUUGUUUUUAACCAUCUGGGCCGUUCUGGUGUUAAAGUACACACAUCCUUUACUUCUGCACAAAAUGUAUCACAUCACCAUCCUGUAGCACUGAAGUACACCUUUGAUACAGAUGUGCUGUCUCCAGAACAAAGACUUGCUUAUGAAGAAAAUGGCUUUAUUUUGAUAAAAAACCUGGUUUCCGAAGAGGACAUUGAUCGAUUUAGGAACGAGUUUGAACAUAUUUGUAAAAGAGAUGUGAAGAUUCCAGGCUUGGUAAUAAUGAGAGAUGUGUCCAUUUCCAAGUCUGAGUUUGUGCAGGGGGAGAAGGCUGUGACUAAACUUCAGGACUUCCAGGAGGACCCAGAGCUGUUCCGCUAUUGCUCUCUGCCUCAGAUUCUAAAGUAUGUUGAGUGUUUUACGGGGCCUAACAUCAUGGCUAUGCACACCAUGCUAAUCAACAAACCCCCUGAUACAGGAAAGAAGACUUCUCGCCACCCCAUGCACCAGGACCUGCACUACUUCCCAUUCCGGCCAGCUGAUCGAAUCGUGUGUGCCUGGACAGCAAUGGAGAAAGUAAAUCGCCAGAAUGGUUGCCUGGUAGUGCUGCCUGGCACCCACAAGGGUGCCCUGAAGGAGCAUAUUUACCCAGAGUGGGAGGGUGGGGUGAAUAAGAUGUACCAUGGAAUUAAAGACUACAACAGCAACCAUCCCAGAGUGCACUUAGAAAUGGAGAAAGGAGACACUGUGUUUUUUCACCCUUUACUUAUCCACGGCUCAGGAAUGAACCAAACACAGGGCUUUCGGAAGGCCAUCUCCUGUCACUAUGCCAGUGCUGAUUGUCACUACAUUGAUGUGAAAGGAUCAACCCAGGAGAACAUCAGUAAGGAGGUGGAAGAGCUUGCUCGUAAAAGAAUUGGGAGUGAUACCACUCUUUCCUUUCAGGACUCCUGGGCACUUAGAGGACGUGUGGUCCAAGGACAUAGGACAUCACUGUGAUCCUCAUUUCUCACUCAAUAUCCAGAAGAAUAACUGAGAGUACUAAACCGUGUAAUAAUGUUCUCUAGGAGGAUAUAAUUUAAACAAUAAAGCAAUCUAAAUGCUGGGGAAAUAGGAUCAUAUAUGGAUACAACUCCUCAUAAUAUUCGCAUUUUAAAGAUAUAAUAAAAAGCUAUAAUGGUAUUUUAAUCCAUUUUCUAACAUUUAGAAAAAGCUUUGAAGUAUGUCUGAGAGCUUUAAAACAUAAAGAGUAUCAUGUGCCUUCUUUAAUCAGACAGAGUGCAGAAACAUGCAGUGCUUCAGAAUGCAGUCAGAUCUAAAUUGAAUGUAAUCUGUUUGUGUUUAAGUGCAUAGUGAACACUGAAAAACAUGGGCUCGUUGAGAAAUUCUGCUAAUUUGAUCUUCAUAUGCAGUAGCUCUGCUUGAGUAUAUUUUCUUUAUGUUUUUUCAAAUUUUUAAUUAAAAUUAAUAUUAUACUGUGAUUGUUUGAAAAUAAAUGUAAUUAUUAUGCAA